GGGGAGCGAGGUGAAUGGCAGGUGAGGGUGAAAGGUCGAACAUGACUGGAGCAGAAAGAGACAGCCUGGCAGCACACAAAGUGAUUGAACUCUCGUCUCAACUCAUCAUGGACUCGCUCUCCCGUGUUCUGGUCCUCUUCUCUCUGCUAUGUUCCGCCACAGGUCAAGGUCUCGUAGUCACAGUGGAGCCCCGCACUAUUACUGUGCGCGAAGGGGAGCCUGUGAGCUUCAGGUGCCAAGUGGGGAGCGGUGCACAGCAUACUCAGCUGCAGUGGAGGAGAGCCAACAAUCAACCCUUAGCAGACAAUGUUAAGAUUGGCCCCGGGGGUGCAGUCAUGACAGUUGCUAAUGCUCGACCUGCUAAUCAGGGCGAGUACCAGUGUGUGGCGUCCAGCUCUGCAGGUUCCAGCCAUGCUUCGGCCCAGCUCAACGUCAAAUAUCCUCCUAAAGUGCGCCUGUCACCAACUGGAACCGUGCGGGUCAAAAUCGGUGACCGUGUGUCAGUGCAGUGUCGUGCCACAGGCAGGCCACGCCCCAAGAUGAAUUGGAGACGCCAAGGCUCCUUUCUGCAGCUGGUUACUGAGGAGAUAGAUGGCGUCAACACCAUACAGUGGCAUGUGAUACGUCCAGCGGACUCGGGUGUGUAUAUUUGCCAAGCUGAGAACAAUGUGGGUGUGGCCGAGGUCAAAGUUGAGGUCAUCGUGGAAGGGGGACCUGGUGUGCCCAAAGCUUCAGUGAGUCAUAAAGAAAUGACAGUGGUGGAGGGACACACUGUCACUAUGGAGUGUCAGGCCACUGGUACUCCAGCUCCUGUCAUUACUUGGUCCAAGCUGAGAGCCCCGUUGCCAUGGAAACACACAGUGGCUGGCGGUGUCCUGACACUGACCAAUGUGGGGCGCCAGGACUCAGGCCAAUACAUCUGUAACGCCACCAACAUCCAUGGCUACAGCGAGGCAUACACGCAGAUGGAGGUGGAGAGCCCUCCUUACGCCACCUCUCUGCCCGACCAAGCGAGGCUCCAGCCCGGAGAUUCUCUUUCUCUGCGUUGUCUGGCUCAUGGCUCACAUCCCAUUCAGUUUGAAUGGAGCCGGGUGGGCAGAGUCAACCUGCCUGCUGGAAGUCAGAGCACACAGGAUGGGCAGCUCCUCAUAGCGCGUGUUAAACUGAGCGACAGCGGAACGUACAAGUGUGUGGCCACCAACCACAUCGGCUUCAGUGAGGUGCUGGCCAAAGUUAUUGUAAAAGCUUAGGCCAACAUGGUCACAUCAUCUCACACUGCAGCGUUCCUGCAAGACUGGAUUGUGACAGCAAAUGGAAAGCAACACUCAAGUGUACAGCAGAUAAACUCAUACAUUUGUAAUAGUGGAUGUACUAAAAUCAGUAGGGGAAGCAGUUUGUUUAACUUUUGUAGAUGAGAAGACGACCAGCUCUAUUUGAAUGCUGUUUCCAAAACAGUGAUAGAAAUCUUCUGUGUGUAUUCAUUUUACUCCAUCCUCUAGAUGUACAUUUCAACCAAAAAACGAAAGGAAAAAUGAACAGAUCCACGGUGUUUAGUGGUAGUGGUGGGCCCUUAUUAGGCAAGGAACCAUAUUUGGUCAUUUUCAGAGUGUUUUUAAAGCAUGCCUCGUUAUGAGACAGUUGUGCGUGAUUUGGUCAAGGCUUAUGAUUCAAAUUAAAAUGCAUGCCCUAAGCUAAAUUCUCAAACAAGUGUCUUUGCACUGCACAUUGCACUGGACCACACUUUUAUUUUCAUGGUAAUUGGUAGGUGUGUGUUAAUAACAUGCACAGGUAUUGAAAAAAGAAAUCAGUAAUAUUGCUAUGUCAAUGAAUCCCCCUGAUACUUAAAAUAUAUUAUUAAUUUGUGACGCAUUUAGUUUCAAAUCUGAAUUUGUAAAAGUUAGCUUUGUAACCACAAGGGGGCGACAGGCACAUUGCUGUGACGCCUUCAUGGGAGAACACGUGCACUGCACAAAAUGAACCUUUUCCCAUAAGCGAUCGGCAGGCAUUCUAACGUUGACGCAAAAACAGAACUGCUGAGCAGAGCGUUUUAGCUCAUUGUGUUCGCAUGAACAAUAAAAUGCUAAUUUCACUUGGAGCAGACCUGUUGCAAAACUUAGCCCCGGAGAGCCGUGUUGUUACAUAAGAUUGAAAUCAGGCCUUUAAUGAAGUGUUAGCUUGCCAUUUAGGGGUUGCGGCUGCAGCAGUGAAAUGGAAAGAAAGCUGACAUUUCCAGUACUUGAGCCAGAGCGCAGCCUAUAUCUGGCCCCUCUCGUAAAAACCCAAACGUCUCCUCGGAGAAAGAGGCUUUACCCUUUCCGCUCUUCCAUCUUUACAAGCGUCAUCAAAGCUUGAGGGAGAAACAUCUGCCCCGUGUCACCUCAUCCCACCGCCUCACUUGACAGACACACACAAAAAAGUCCAGAGGGGAAACAUACUGUAUAUAUUGUUCUAUUUGAAAUAUAUCCAAGUAGAGAUCAGGCAGAGUGGAAAAUAAUUCAUUCUGUUGUGAAUACACACAAAGAAAUCCUUUCUAAUGGCGUGUAAUAGAAAAAGUUCCAGCAGUCCAAGCCACCUUGUAAUACAUUCAUCCCAUAAAUAGGGUUGGGUAUCAUUUACGUAUUAUUAUCCGAUACCGGUGCCAAAUCGUUACUUUUAAACGGUGCUGGUGCUUAAAAAAAGGAAAACAUACAAAUGUUGUCCAAAAACAAUGCCUUUUGAUUUUUACGGGGUUUUGUGCCGUGCAAUUUGAACAGAAUAGUAAUUUAAUACUUCAAUAAUACUGUAUAAAUAAAAUGAUAACUAAUAAAUUCACCAAUAUGAAAUAAAUCCACAACAAAGUGUCAUAAUUAUCACAGCAAAAUCAGCAGCAAUACAGAACACAGGUAAAUGUUAAAAAAAACAAUCUGCUUGUGUUGAAAUGUUCAUGUUCAAAAUUCCAGUGUUCACGAAUGCACCUCGCUAUCCGUGAGUGUGAUUGGUGGAUAAUGGGGAAGUGUCGUGUUGCUGUUGCGGAGAGCGGCAAACGCCGCGACCUGUUGGAGUGUUAAUGUCGACAAUAACGUUUAAAAA